AUGACAUGUUCGGCGACAACAUUUGUGUUAGUGGCGCUAUUCGGAUCGAGCUCAUGGAUGGGAACGAACAGUGUGUGGAUGCAGUUGCCUCUGCUCACUUCUAAACUCCCGGAAGGUUGGAGCUUGCCCAGUUAUCUCGCUGGAGUUGUGCAGGUUUGUUUUUUCUGCUAAUUAAAAAAAAAAUAUAAUUUUUGCAGAUAGCCUGCAUUGUGCCUUUAAUCUACACGAUUCUGCACAAAGGCGUCAAGUCGUUCACAAUCCCGACCGCUCCACUGAUCAUCGGCUUCCUUUCGCUCGCCUGUUGCUGUCAACUCGGUCUUUGUUUCUUCUGGAGCCAGUUUUCGGAAGUGCUUGGCGCCAACCGUUCCUGGCCCCUCUACACAUUGCUCUUCGGCCUCGCCAUCGUCAAUGCCAUGUCCAAUGUGCUGUUCAUGCCAUUUAUGGCCCAGUUUCAUCCCGCCUAUCUGAACGCAUACUUUGUCGGAAUGGGCCUGAGCUCUCUGGUGCCGAGCCUUCUUUCUCUGGCCCAGGGAACGUCGAACUACAAAUGCGACGAAGAUGGUUUGGCGGAGAGAUUCCCUCCCAAUUUCUCCGUUUCCAUCUUCUUCUUCAUCAUCUUUUUGUUCACUUGCGUCGCUCUAAUUGCCUUCGUAGUCCUCUAUCGGUCAGGCGCUCACACUCAUAACUCAUCUGGCUCGUAAGUUAUUGAAUCUGCUUUCAAACAUAGACUCAUAUUGAACAUCAGAGUCCGUGAGCAGCGCAAGAAAGCGGCUCCGCACGAAGGCACUCCUCUCAAAAAGGGACUUUCCUCCUCAUCGACACACGACGACGAGAUCGACGAACCGGCGAGCAUCGAUUUGCACGAAACGGGCGCCCCGGCCAUCGACGGAAUUGUGUCCGAAUUGGAUGAGACAUUCAGAGAGGUUUGUGGCCCUUUGCGAGCAUGUCUAGACAGAAAAGAGCAUUGGUCAAGUGAGGAGACGAAACAAGACACGGAAAUGAAGAGUCAAGUGGGAAAAGAAUCUAAUGGGGACUUUCGAAUUUGAAUUAAAAUUCCAACCUUGUCCAGUUGCAGCGCUCUUCAAUCUGCCUCGAUUCGGAGCCGCACCCAGUCGACUACAUCACAGGCGUCAAGUUCGCGUUUCUUCUCUUCACAACUGCUCUCGUGAACGCCCAAAUGAACGGAAUCAUUACGAGUGUGCAGAGCUACGCGACUCUUCCCUAUUCUCAGGUUGACUACCUCCCCCUAGAAUAACAACCUAUUCUUUCAGUCGACGUACCACUUCGCAGUGACUCUUUCGAACGUCGUCUCGCCGCUCUCCUCGUUUCUUCCGUUCUUUAUCAGCGUUCGGGGGAUCCCGUUGCUCGGCGUGCUCACCGCCUGCUCCACAGUCAUGACCGCCUUCAUCGUCUACCUCGCGUCGCUCUCGCCCAACUUGAUCUUCGAUUCGCAGCCCGUCGGAAGCGCCCUCUCGAUCGGAGGCUCGCUCGUCGCCGCUGGUCUUCAUUCGUACCUUCGUGUUGUGUUCGCGUCGCUUUUGAGAGAAGGCCAUCAGAGCGAAUCGAGGCUGUUCUGGUGUGGUGUCUUUAUACAGGUUUGUGGAAGGAAAUGGGCUAAAAACAACUUUUUUCGGCAAAAUGCGUUUACUUUCACGUGGAAAGUGAAACAAAACUCACUUGCACAUCACAAACACUCGGGAUUUCUAUCAGAUUGGCUCAUUCAUCGGCUCGGCGGUCAUGUUCCCGUUGGUCAACAUCGCCCAUUUGUUCACUUCGGCGCCUCAAUGCAGACCUUCCGCCUGA